AUGUUCUUAUCUAUCUAUCUAUCUAUCUAUCUAUCUAUCUAUCUAUCUCAGUCUGAUCAUUAUCUAUCUAUCUAUCUAUCUAUCUAUCUAUCUAUCUAUCUAUCUAUCUAUCUAUCUCAUUCUGUUCAUAUGUAUCGGUUUAUUUAUCUCAGCCUGUUCGCUUUUUAUCUGUCUAUCUCAGUGUGUUCAUUAUCUAUCUAUCUAUCUAUCUAUCUAUCUAUCUAUCUAUCUAUCCCAGCCUCUUCUUUUUUAUCUAUCAAUAAAUCUAGCAAUCUCACUGUUUCCCUCCCUUUAUUUUCUCUCUCUUUUCUUUUAUCGUUCCAAUUACGUUCUAUAACCCACCUCUCUCUCUAUUUCUCAUUCCUUCUAUCUCUCUCACCCACUCUUUGUCUAUCUAUCUAUCUAUCUACCAAUCUAACUGUUUAUAUCUAUCAAUCUCUCUUCCAAUCUGGUUAUCUUCCUUGGCAUUAUCUAUCCAUCUAUCUAUCUCGUUCAUAUCUAUCUAUCAGUCUUUCUCUCUUAGUCGUUAUAUCUAUCAGUCGUUCAUAUCUAUCUUGCUAUUCGGUUCAUAUCUAUCAGUCGUUCAUAUCUAUCUAUCUAUCUAUCUAUCUAUCUAGCCAUGAAUCACAGGAUGAAUAUUUUUCUCACUUCCUUUCUCUGAUGCUAAAUCUCAACGACCAUAUCUAUCUAUCUAUCCAUUUAUCUUUCUAUCUAUCUUGCUAUCUAUUUAUCUAUCUACUCAUCUAUUUAUCUAUCUUAUCGUUCAUAUCUAUCUAUCAAUCUAUAUAUCUAUCUAUCUAUCUAUCUCAGCCUAUUCCCAUCUAUCUAUCUAUCUAUCUAUUUCUAACUAUCUAUUUCUCUCUAUCUAUCUACCUAUCUAUCUCAGCCCUUUCAUUAUCUAUCUAUCUAUUUAUCUGUUUCAGUAGGUUCAUAUCUCUCUAUCUAUCUAUCUCUGGACAAUCGGAUAAGCGAGGAGAAGUCAGGUAG